UAGGCGCUGAGAUUGGUUGUGGCGCGUAUCCGUCGUUGACAUACGUUUUAUACAAUAUGACGAGGAAAUCUUAAACUAUGGCUAAUAGGCGGCGUCUUACUGUGUCUGGUGAUCAUAAACCAGAGGAGAAAACAUGUUGGUCAACUCCCACUGUAUAUCAUGCAGCUAUUGUGAUAUUCUUGGAAUUCUUCGCCUUCGGAUUGUUGACCACUCCGAUGAUCUCGGUGUUAGAUGAAACAUUCCCCAAACACACGUUCCUUAUGAAUGGAAUUAUACAAGGGGUAAAAGGCUUCUUGUCAUUCUUCAGUGCUCCGUUUUUGGGUGCCCUCUCCGAUAUGUUUGGGAGGAAACCGUUCUUGCUUCUAACAGUCACUUUUACAUGCUCUCCUAUACCACUGAUGAAAAUUAGUCAUUGGUGGUAUUUCACCAUGGUCAGCAUAUCGGGUAUCUUUGCAGUGACAUUUUCAUUCGCCUUGGCAUAUGUCGCUGAUAUAACGACAGAAGAGGAUAGAAGUUGGGGCUAUGGAUUGGUUUCAGCCACAUUUGCAGCCAGUCUCGUCAGCUCACCUGCAAUCGGUGCAUAUCUAGGUCGAGUAUACAGUGAAGAACUUGUUGUAGCAUUGGCUACAGCUAUUGCAUUUCUAGAUAUUUGUUUUAUUCUUGCUUGUGUACCUGAAUCCCUCCCUGAAAAAGUACGCAUUGGUCAUUUAUGCUCUGUAUCUACACUGGGUGGUCCAAGCGGUAAAUUCUCCUGGGGCAAAGCAGAUCCUUUCGCAACCCUACGUCAAAUGACCAAUAAUCAUCUUGUCCUAAUGAUAUGCAUUACAACAUUUCUAUCCUAUCUACCAGAAGCUGGACAGUAUUCAUGCUUUUUUGUAUAUUUACGCUUAGUAAUGAGAUUUACUGAAGAAAAUGUAGCGCUUUUUAUUGGUGUUGUCGGUAUUAUGUCGUGUAUAGCUCAGACAGUUAUUUUAUCUUUAUUAUAUCGUGUUAUGCGACCGAAGCAUGUGAUUAUAUUCGGUUUAAUCUUUGAAGCAAUUCAAUUAACACUGUAUGGUUUUGCUACAAAUCCCGUAUUAUUAUGGUUAGCUGGUUUAAUCGCUGCUAUGGGUUCAAUCACUUACCCCGCAUUAAGUGCAUUCAUAUCAAAUCAUACAGCAGCUGACCAGCAAGGUGUUGGACAGGGUCUUGUCACAGGUAUUCGAGGUCUUUGCGGUGGACUUGGUCCAGCAUUAUUUGGUUUAUUCUUUUAUAUAUUCAGGGUUGAUCUCAAUGAACAUACAUCAGGUGUGCAUAUAACUACAAAUAAUGAUCCAAAUAAAUCUCUUAUACCUCCUAGUGCUGUUCAAAUUCUACAAGAGCAAUUAAUGCCUGGUCCACCAUUUGCCUUCGGUGCUGCACUUGUCCUGUUGGCAAUUAUCGUAUCAAUGUUUAUCCCUGAGAAUCCGUCAUCUGGCCAAUUGUCACAUUCAGAAAUUAUCACCGGUUCAUCGCAUGAUUCAACACAUGGUGGUAGUCGAUAUGUCGGUGAGACAAGACUACGCCGGAGUUCACCUUCAGGUCAGUUACAUCGAUCUAUAUCAAGCUGUGAAGCCACUUUACCUGGUGUUGCUGUUGGUGAUGAUGAUUGUGAUAAACUCAAGCUGAUGAGUCCUGCUGAUGUGUAUAAAUACAAUACGAAAGGUGAUUAUCAUCCUCCUCAUAGUUAUUAUAAUAAUAUGUAUGAAGGAGAUAAUGGAGGAGGUGUCGGUGGAGUCGGGAUUUGGGGUCGUCUAAUGACAAGUCUUUCAGAUUUUCGUAAUCCAGUCUACGUGAAACAACGACCAAAUCGUGUAUAUCGUCAAUCGAAAGGACGUUUUAGUACAUUGGGAAUUGUUGAACCAUUUCGUCGUCUGUUUAUCCGAAGAACACCAUACUACAAUGCUACUGGUGGUGGAAGUUUUGCAGAUAGUAAUAUGAUUGGCUAUCAUCAUCCAACGGACAGUGAAUCAUCAUCACGCUUCCAGUAUUCACGACUACCAUUCACAGUGAUUAAAUCAAAUCAUAAUAUAUAGUAAUGAUAAGAAGAAUUUAGAGGAUUUAUCAAGUAAAGAGUUAUUGUUUGCUAAUCCUUUAUUAUUAUCAUCAAAUCGUUGUGAAUCUGAAGAGGCAGCUGAUUUAAGCAAUUAUCGUGCACAUCAUUUCCGACGUAUGUUUACGCCUACGCAUAAUAAUUCCCCUGCGACAAUGCUAGCGGUGACUACUACACCAUCCAAUGACGUCUCUUCUUCUGUCCCUCUUGGUAGUAAUAAAGACAGUUUCACCGGUGGUGGUUCAAAGUCUAUUAUGAAUUCUACUCAAGAUUAUUCUACCAGACAUCAUAAUGAUGAUGAUGAUGAUGAGAACUCUGAAGGAGAAGAAGCAGAAGCAGCAGACAAGGCAAGCUUAUUACGUAAUCAAUCAUCAUCAUGUUGAUGAUGACGAUCAAUAAUAGUCCAACAAGAAAUAUUAUGAUGAAACAAAAAUUUUUUAGUACUAGUCAUCAUCAUCAUCAUCACCCUUAUGAGAAAUCAUCAGGUACAUGAUGAUGAUGAUGAAGAAAGAAAAUAAGAUAUUCUAAAUUGUGAGUGUUGCAAUAGUUAAUCUUCUUCUCUGGCUACUUGGAUAUCGACCUGGUGGUGAUCGCGUUCACCGCUGUUCAAUGCUUUCAAUGUGUUUGUAUGUGUUCUCAUGAUGUCUAACAGAGUGGACUUUAAAUGCAAAUAAAUCUUGUACUAUUGUUACACUUCCGUCUCUCGACUCCCACUGUUACCCCAUUGUUUCGCCCCAACUCGUCACACACUCUUACACUCAACCAUCUCAAUAACAUCCCUGUCUAUAAAUGGGUUGUUUUCUUUUCUUUUCACUUUCUACCUCUUCUAAUUCACACAUAUGUACACACUACUGUGUACUCACAGGUCGGUUGGUUGUUUUUACCUGAUUGUUGUUUGUUGGUGUGUUUCUACAACAACUGCUACGGAUAAAAAGUGGAAAAAUGUAAACAUUUAUGUAUAUUGCUCGCGCGCGUGUUCGUGCGCGCGCUGUAAUCUCUAAUAUUUCUAAAGCUCUUUUCAUAAAUAGUGUUCAUUUACCUCUCAUCAUUGUAACAACAACGGUUGUAUUAAGUAGUAAUAAUAGUAGUAAUUAUGGUGGAAAAUACACCGCCCCCCUCC